UUGGAAACGGUAAAGACGAAGAGUUCUAAGUUAGAAGAUUCUGCUAAAUGUUACAGAAGAUGGAUGAGUGUUUCUGCUGGACGUUGAUAAUGCUGACUACAUAACGUCGAGGUGGUUGGAGUGCACGAUGGCGAGGAUUUUGGAUUCUGUGCAAAACAACGACAUUCGUAUGCUCAAAUUGUUGCUGGCAGUUCCCCAGUCACUUAGCCAGCGUGAUCUCGGCCAAGGUCUGUUUCUCUCCGCCAAACUCGGACACACCGAGUGUUUGAACUGCCUGCUACAGGCGGGCUGUGACAUCACCAGCGAGGAUGUACACGGCAAUACGCCACUCUACGUAUCUGUGAUGUCAAACAGAGCGGCAGCGACUAAACUUCUUCUGGAAGCGAACAGCAGCGUCAACGCUCGUGGGAAUGGCAAGAACACCCCGCUGCACGUUGCUGCCAAAAUGGGCUACGACGACUGCCUCGAGAUGUUGGUAUCUCGCGGUGCCAGCGUGAACGCGCGAGACUCUGACGGCUGCACCGCGCUGAUCCACGCCGUGAAGAACAAGCAGUACAACGCGCUACGUCUUCUAUUGGAGUCCAGCUGCAACGUGAACCAGGCCGACAAGCAAGGACGGACCGCACUGCACCACGCCGCGCAGCGAGCGAUGGCCAUAGAACAGCUGCUGGCUUUUGGGGCAGAUCCCAACAUCUGUGACAUAGACAACAACACCCCACUGCUGCUGGCAGCUACGGAGGGGUUCUCAGUCGUGGUCAGACUGCUAGCUAGAGCUAACUGUGAUGUUAAUAUCGCCAACGCGUCUGUGCGGAGAACACCUCUACAUAUUCUGUCCUUGAAAGGUCACGCUGACUGCAUCGAUGAUCUAAUAGAGGCCGGAGCAGACGUCAAUCUGUACGACAAGCUGUUCCACACGCCGCUGUGGUACGCCAUAUAUAACAAACGGUUUGACGUCGUCAAGCUGCUACUGAAGGCCAACAGUCAGGUGGACACGUUUCAGUGUUCUAAAGAGGUCCCACUGGAGGCGUGUCCCACCUCCCUGGCUCUGUCUGGACGGAUGACCGAUGUGGUGAAACUCUUCAUUCUCACUGGCUUUGACCACGCUCAUCUGAGGAGCUGUUUAGUUGACUGUCGCGUCUCAGACCUGUUUCAAAGUGAGGAUCUCGAGGGUUGGCUCAAACAGGCGAAUAGCGUGCUGUCGCUCAAACAGCUGUGCAGAAAGUGGAUUAGACAUCACCUGGGACGGAUGUUGAUGCACAAUCUGAACAGCUUACCUAUCCCCGAAGGGCUGAGAGACUUCGUUUUUCUUAAAGAGUUAGACGAUCAUCGCAGUAGCCACUAGGUUAGUGCCUGUUCUCCUAUAGACGAGGAUAGAGAUUCGUGGAAUCAACCACUAUUUUACCAAAUUCCCCUUCGACUCUACAUUGUGCGGAGAUACGGCCCUGAUCGUGA